AUGCUCAGGGGUAUCAGCCGGUGUGCUAGACCACAAAGCGUGCUGCAGCGAACCGCCCAGCGGUUGCGUGCUGGCCCCGUGUUUCGCGGAUUCGCCAGCAGCGGCAACAACAACAACGACAACUUUUUGUCCACCACCAACGCUACCUACAUCGACGAAAUGUUCCAGGCGUGGAAACAGGACCCUAGCUCGGUCCAUGUGUCGUGGAACGCAUAUUUCAAAAACAUGGGCAACACCCAAAUGCCAGCGUCGUCGGCGUUUGUGGCUCCGCCCACCCUAGUGUCCCACCACACCGGAGGCCAUAUUCCUCACGAUAUGGCCAUGGGGGUUGCUGGGUCUUCGGCCAGCGGUGUAGACCAGGACGUGAUGACCCACUUGAAAGUCCAGCUUCUGUGUCGUGCGUACCAGGUGCGUGGUCAUCAAAAGGCCCACAUCGAUCCGCUCCAGAUCUCGUUUGGCGAUGACAAGUCGAAACCGCUCCCCAGAGAGCUCACGCUCGACCACUAUGGAUUCACAGAACGCGACCUCGACCGCGAGAUCUCAUUGGGUCCCGGUAUUUUGCCCCGUUUCGCUCGUGAGGGCCGCAAAACCAUGCCUCUACGUGAUAUCAUCAACGCACUAGAAAAAUUGUACUGCUCCUCAUACGGUAUUGAAUACAUCCACAUUCCAUCCAGAAACCAGUGUGACUGGCUAAGAGAACGCAUCGAAAUUCCUCAACCCUACCGCUACAGCAUCGACGAAAAAAGACAAAUCUUGGAUCGUUUGACCUGGGCUACUUCUUUCGAAAGUUUCCUGUCCACAAAGUUUCCUAACGACAAGAGGUUCGGUCUUGAAGGGUUGGAAGGUAUCGUUCCCGGUAUCAAGACCCUCAUUGACAAGUCUGUUGAGAGGGGCGUCGAAGACGUUGUGCUCGGUAUGGCGCAUCGUGGUAGACUUAACGUACUAUCGAAUGUGGUGCGUAAACCUAACGAGUCCAUUUUCUCCGAAUUUCAGGGCUCUGCAGCUCCAGAAGAAUACGAAGGAUCUGGUGACGUCAAGUAUCAUUUGGGUAUGAACUACCAACGACCCACCACGUCCGGCAAAUACGUGAACUUAUCGCUAGUCGCUAAUCCAUCUCACUUGGAAGCUCAAGACCCAGUUGUUUUGGGUAGAACUAGAGCUAUCCAAUUUGCUAAAAACGAUCUGGAUAAGUACCAGAAGGCUAUGGGUGUUUUGCUUCACGGUGACGCUGCUUUUGCCGCUCAGGGUGUCAUCUACGAAACUAUGGGGUUCAGCCACUUGCCCGAAUACUCCACCGGUGGUACCAUUCACAUUAUCACCAAUAACCAAAUUGGGUUUACUACGGAUCCAAGAUUUGCCAGAUCCACUCCUUACCCAUCGGAUAUUGCCAAGGCCAUCGACGCACCUAUUUUCCACGUUAAUGCUAACGAUGUCGAAGCCCUUACAUUCAUUUUCGAUUUGGCCGCUGAAUGGAGAGCUACUUUCCACACCGAUGCCAUUAUCGAUGUUGUCGGCUGGAGAAAGCAUGGUCAUAAUGAAACUGAUCAACCUUCCUUCACUCAGCCUCUCAUGUACCAGAAGAUCAGCAAACAAAAAUCUGUCAUCGAUGUUUACACCGAAAAAUUGAUUUCGGAAGGUUCUUUCACUAAGCAAGAUAUUGAUGAGCACAAAAAAUGGGUUUGGGGUCUAUUUCAAGAAGCCUUCGAUAAGUCAAAGGAAUAUAAGCCAACAUCGCGUGAAUGGUUAACAGCUGACUGGGCAGACUUCAAGUCUCCUAAAGAACUUGCUUUGGAAAUCCUACCCCAUGAGCCAACUGCCUUGAAGGCAUCUGAGCUAAAGAGUAUUGGGAAGACCAUUUCCUCUUGGCCCGAAGAUUUCGAAGUUCACAAGAAUUUGAAGAGAAUCUUGAACAACAGAGGCAAAACUGUUGAGACUGGUGAGGGAAUUGACUGGUCCACUGGUGAAGCCCUUGCCCUUGGUUCUUUAGCUUUAGAAGGCUACCAUGUGAGAGUGUCCGGUGAAGAUGUUGAAAGAGGUACUUUCUCGCAACGUCAUGCAGUUUUGCACGAUCAGAAUUCUGAAAGAACCUACACUCCUUUGCAGCAUCUAAGUGACCAACAGGCCAAUUUCACCAUCUGUAAUUCGUCUUUGUCGGAAUACGGAUGUAUGGGAUUUGAGUACGGUUACUCUUUGACAUCCCCCGAUUUCCUUGUGAUGUGGGAAGCUCAGUUUGGUGAUUUUGCUAACACGGCUCAAGUCAUCAUCGACCAAUUUUUGGCUGGUGGUGAGGCCAAGUGGAAGCAACGUUCCGGUCUAAUUCUGUCGCUACCCCACGGUUACGAUGGUCAAGGUCCAGAACACUCUUCUGGUAGAUUGGAAAGGUUUUUGCAAAUGGCCAACGAGGACCCUAGAUAUUUCCCAUCUGAGGAAAAAUUGCAAAGACAACAUCAAGACUGCAAUUACCAAGUUGUAUAUCCAACCACUCCCGGUAAUUUGUUCCAUAUCUUGAGAAGACAACAACACCGUCAAUUCCGCAAACCUCUAAUAUUGUUCUUCUCGAAACAGUUGCUACGUCAUCCUUUGGCCAGAUCCAGUUUGUCGGAGUUCACUGAUGGUGGAUUCCAAUGGAUCAUCGAAGAUGUUGAACACGGAAAGGCUAUUGGCUCCAAGGAAGAGACCAAGCGCUUGGUGAUUUGCUCCGGUCAAGUCUACACUGCGCUACACAAGAAGCGUGAGUCGUUGGAAGACAAGACAACCGCCUUUUUGAAGAUUGAACAAAUGCAUCCAUUCCCAUUUGCCCAAUUGCGCGACUCGCUCAACUCUUACCCUAACUUGGAAGACAUUGUGUACUGCCAGGAAGAACCUUUGAACAUGGGAUGCUGGUCCUAUGCGUCUCCAAGAUUUGAGACUGUGUUGGCCGAGACCGACAGCUACAAGGACAGAAAGGUGAGAUACGCUGGUCGCAACCCAAGCGGGCCUGUAGCUGCAGGCUCCAAGGGUUUGCACAAUGCUGAAGAACAAGCGUUUUUAGCCGACGUCUUUGGACAAUAG